UCUGCCAGGCUCCUAUGAAGUGGUGGAGAUGGCAGUGAACUUCAUCUACAGUUGUAUUGUACUUUGCUGCUUAACACUCUGGAGCUUCAACAGGACUUCAUGUGAUAUACAUGUACCACCACCUCAUUCAACCAUGAAACCUGGCUCCCCUAUCCCAGCGAACAUCAACAGCCCUGGUGUUCGCAAAGCAGCUCGCUUUGGGGUUUAUAGAUACAACAACAGUUCCAAUGACCUCUUUCUGUUUAAGGAUUCACGAAUAAACAAAGCCAUGGUACAGAUUGUCAGAGGGCUGAAAUACAUGCUCCAUGUGGAAAUCAAACGCACUGUGUGUGAGAAGAGGAAGCACUCCAGCCUGGACAGCUGUCACUUCCAGAGGAAAAAAAACCUGCAACAGACGCUGAGAUGCUAUUUUGAGGUCUGGAUAACACCUUGGCUACAGAAAGUACAUGUCCCUGUUGUCCACUGUCACCAACAGCUUUCCCCAUGAGACCCUGACUUACAGGGGAUCUACCACCAUGUGUUUUUCCUUAUCUGGACUGUUGACAUCAAUACUAAAGUGGAGAAUGUACAGAACCACCAUAGAGCUUUUCUCUCAAAGUGCAUGGUUGUUUUUUCCUUGAGAACGAUACUCAAAAGUGACAAAGACCUGCCUUGACUGAA